AUGGAUAACAAUGUGAAUAGUUUAUAGAUUGUAGAAUAACAAUCUUCUUAGAAAAUCAAUUAGAGCAAUAUGAAAAGUGUUUAGAUUGACUAUAAUUCUUUGCUAAAAUAUACCACAACUUGCGAUUUGCAGAAGAAUGAAAUUGAUUCUCUAAUGAAGAUGUUCAAACGUAUGGAUUAUAACAAGGUUGGAUUCUUAACUUACCAUGACACAAUGGAUUUGUUAAAGGGUAUUUAGUAUUUCUUAGAUAAGAAUUUGGUUUUGAAAUAAAUCAAAAUUGCAAGGAGAAGAUCUUCAAGGAAAUUGAGGACAGGAAUACAGCAAAGCUUGAUUUCCAAACAUUAUUAUAUAUCACCAGAGUUUGCAAAGACUUUGAGAACAAGGUAAAGGAGAACGAUGAACAAAUAUAAUAUAGUGAAUUUAGUAAGUGAAUUACAAUAUGAUUAUAGUUGAUGCAUUUGUGGCACUUGGAGGUGAACCUGAUGCGAGUGGAUAUGUGCAUAAAAAUAAAAUAAUCGAAAUAUUGUCGGUUGAAUUCGAUUUGAAUUUCGAUAUUGAUGAAUUAUUGGAAUAAUUAGAAGUUUCAAAUGAAAGUUUAGAUUUCGAUACAUUUAGAUAGUUGUUUAGAGCAGAAAACAAAAAAUCAAUAAAGAGGAACAGCAGUUUAUUAUCAGUAUAAAUCCAUAUUUAUUGUUAAGCUUCUAUCCCAUAGAUCCAUGACUCAAAGAUCAACAUCUAGUAUUUCAACUGUGAAAAUUAGAAUGAAGGAUUUUGAGAGAUUUCUGGAAAAGCUUUAACAAGAGGACAAUGAAAAUGCUGGUUCUCCUUCUCCAAAAAAAUGAUGGAC